AUGGGGCUCUCUUCCUCUGAUGUAGCGACAGCAAUCGUCGCAGUCUGCUUUCCCACACUCUCAAACACUCAAUCAGGGAGUGCCUACCUUAUCCUAUCAAAAAAAGCGGUUCCUUAUGGGUUCUCUAGGCGACCGACACCGGUACCGGAGAGAGAGAUAAUGGAAUGGUUGGCCGCCGACCCGGGCCUUUUGGACGACCACUCCACUAUAGCCAUGUAUUUUGACCGGACAGCCAAAAGCUUCGAAGAUAUGGUCAACUUCUUAUUUAGCCCUGACGUUGAAACUUGCAUAGGCAGCUGGCGUACUCCUACCUCCCCUAACUGUGCUGAGGACUCCCAGGGCGGGGCGGAUUGUGUGCUGAGGGUGAAUGAAUGCAUGUGGAAGUUGAAAUGGCGGCUUGCUCAAAACCUCGUCGAUUUCCCCUUGGAAGGUGUCUGCUAUUACUCCUUAAUCUCGCCUAGUGGUCCACCGGAUAUCCCCGGCAAGGCUGAUUGGUAUAUCUAUUAUGAUGGGGAACCAAUGUAUCACGGCGUAUGGGAGGUUGACAAGAUCUCACCACUGGGUGAGGACGAUAUACCACACCCCCUCUUCGUACUUCUUCUAUCCACGAUUUUGAUAUGUCAAUCGAACGGUGACAGCAUUAUGCUAUCUGAAAUACAGAGUCUUGAUAUUCAUAUAUUUGUUGCGAUAUAUGACGGGUCAGAACCGCGCAAGGAUGAAUUUAAAUACGGCUACCACCUGGCUUGGCUAUUGAUGCAGACAUCACAUAUAAAAGACUCUUCUCAACGUUGGAUAGAGUGGUACAAUAUAGUAUGUCGCACGCCUGACACGCGGGUAUUUGGUGCGACCAAUACUCUUUACGGGACGAUCUCGGCGCUUAAUAUUUCGACUACGCCCGAGCGUAUCACUGGCCGGCUGCUUCGGGAGUAG